UCCACAGGUCCAGCAACACUCACAAUCCAAUCUCGCUCUUUUAUCUCCCAUCCACGCCGCAAGUGUUCAGAGAGAGAGAGAGAGAGAGAGAGAGACCCCAAUGGAGUCGGUUCUAAGCCCAGUUGGUUCAGGCUUCUUCUGCCACACCACAGCUUCAUCCAAGAGAGGAAUUGCGGCUGCCCUUUCCAAUUCUUGCUCAUUUGCUGGCGUUCAUGGUGGCACACCUAAACGCAUCGUUUUGGUGAAAGCCGAAGUUGUAGGAAUCAACCCAGAUAUCAGGAAGAGCGAAGAGAAAGUGGUGGAUUCUGUGGUCGUCACUGAGCUCGCCAAGCCCCUCACUGCUUAUUGCAGAUGUUGGAGAUCUGGGACGUUCCCUCUGUGUGAUGGAAGCCAUGUAAAGCACAACAAAGCCACAGGGGAUAAUGUUGGGCCUCUUCUGCUGAAGAAGUGAAACUGUUCUGAUCUCUUUGUGUAGGCUUGUUUUGCUAUCUUAAGAGAAAUUAGUAAGGCAGAAUAGUUUGUUUGUGAGUUCAAUGCUGGGAAUAGAAUGAGCAUGAUGUGAUGAGAUUCCUCUUUCUCGUGAGCCAGUUUGAGUUGCAUCGGUCAAACUGGCAAUUUGCCAAAGUGCAGCAAUGGGUCUGGGAUUAGAAUAUCCAUUACUUCUGGUAUCAAUUAAUAUCAUGAUCAUCAACUUCUUUAUUGAUAUCAAAUAUAACAUUUGUAACAAGUUGUACUAUCCCAUGAUAAAUAAGUGACUUUUUGUAUUAA